AUGCCACAGCUGAGCCUGUCCUGGCUGGGCCUGGAGCCAGAGGAAGCCUCCCUGUGGCUGCUGCUGCUGCUGGUUGGGGGAUCUUGCAUCCUAGCCCGCAUUCUGGCCUGGACCUACUCCUUCUAUGACAACUGCCGCCGUCUCUGCUGUUUCCCACAGCCACCCAAACGAAACUGGUUCUUGGGUCAUCUGGGCCUGAUUCAGAGCUCAGAGGAAGGUCUUCUGUACACACAGGGCCUGGCGAACACCUUUGGGACUGUGUGCCUCUGGAGGGUGGGGCCCUUGCACAAAGUAAUCCGCAUCUUCCACCCCACCUUCAUCAAGCCGGUGCUCUUUGCUCCAGCCAACAUUGCACUGAAGGACAUGCUCUACUACAGCUUCCUGAAACCCUGGCUGGGGGAUGGGCUCCUGCUGAGUGCUGGUGAUAAGUGGAGCCGCCACCGUCGCAUGCUGACACCUGCCUUCCAUUUCAACAUCCUGAAGCCCUAUAUGAAGAUUUUCAAUGAAAGUGCAAACAUCAUGCAUGCCAAGUGGCAGUGCCUGGUCUCAGAGGGCAGCACCUGUCUGGACAUGUUUGAGCACGUCAGCCUCAUGACCUUGGACAGCCUGCAGAAAUGUGUCUUCAGCUUUGACAGCAAUUGUCAAGAGAAGCCCAGUGACUAUAUUGCUGCCAUCUUGGAGCUCAGUACCCUUGUGGCAGAAAGGCAUCAGCAGAUUCUCCUGCACAUAGACUUCCUGUACUAUCUCACCUCCGAAGGGCGGCGCUUCCGCAAGGCCUGUAGGCUGGUGCAUGACUUCACAGACGCCGUCAUCCAGGAGCGACGUCGCACCCUCCCCAGUCAGGGUGUCGAUGACUUCCUCAAGGCCAAAGCCAAGACCAAGACUUUGGACUUCAUUGAUGUGCUUCUGCUGAGCAAGGAUGAAGAUGGGAAGCAGUUGUCAGAUGAGGACAUAAGAGCAGAAGCUGACACCUUCAUGUUUGAGGGCCAUGACACCACAGCCAGUGGUCUCUCCUGGGUCCUGUAUCACCUUGCAAAGCACCCAGAAUACCAACAGCGCUGCCGGCAGGAGGUGCAAAAGCUUCUGAGGGACCGUGAGCCUAAAGAGAUUGAAUGGGACGACCUGGCCCAGCUGCCCUUCCUGACCAUGUGCAUUAAGGAGAGUCUGCGGCUGCAUCCUCCAGUUCCAUUGGUCUCCCGUCACUGUACCCAGGACAUUGAGCUCCCAGAUGGCCGGGUCAUCCCCAAAGGAGUCAUCUGCCUCAUCAGUAUUUUUGGGACCCAUCACAACCCAGCUGUGUGGCCGGACCCAGAGGUCUAUAAUCCCUCCCGCUUCAACCCAGAAAAUACCAAGGAGAGGUCACCUCUGGCUUUCAUUCCCUUCUCUGCAGGGCCCAGGAACUGCAUUGGGCAGACCUUCGCCAUGACCGAGAUGAAAGUGGUCCUGGCGCUCACGCUGCUGCGCUACCGCCUCCUGUGUGACCACACGGAGCCGCGCAGGAAACCAGAACUGGUCCUGAGGGCCGAGGGUGGCCUUUGGCUGCAGGUGGAGCCGCUGAGUUCUGGUUGUAGUGACUCACCACCACCUGGCUUUAGACUCACUCCUUCCCCGCCCACGAGACUUUGUGGAGAGUCCCAGGAAUAAAACUUCACUGUUCUGUCUGAGCCUCACCCAGAGCUAGAAGGGAGCACUUGUGGACUGCCGGGAUCCAGGGGAUGUGCAUGGGUGUGUUGGGUGGGGUUGGUGUCUCUGAGCCCCAAAUCCUUUCUGCCUCUAUGGCUGACCGCAAGGCCCUCUCACCAAUCCUAGGUUCUCUCAAAGUCCAAGUAUGGACUUCCUCCUGUGAGCAAUAGGAACAUGGGAGGUAUUGGAGCAGGAAAGUAACUAGGAUUAAGGAUGGAUUUAUGGAGCAAGAUUGAGACUCUGUGUAGAGAACAGUAGGGUCAGACCCCUAAGUCGUUGCCAAGACAGCCCCUGACCUGCCCAGAGCACAGGGGAGGAGGCUUACAGCUUCAAUCCAAGUAGCCUAUCCAAGAUUCUUAGCUCCCUUUCUGCUCUUGCCAAUGUCUCACCCUGUGUCUACUCCUCCCCAGUGGUUCCAUCUGUGAUCCCUUCCCCUACCUCCAUGGAGUCCCUCACUCCCAUCUUCUGUCUUCUGGGCCCUUGAUUGCCGGGAGCCAAAACACCUCACAAAAAUGCCCCUUGCUAGCUUGCUUGAUCGCGGUUUUACGAGCUAACUAUUCUCAGGAAUUCAACCAUAACAGCAAUGGUACUUUCCCCUUGCAUAACUCCUCAGAAAUGCACCCCCUGCCUUAGGGACCUUCUCCUAGUAAUUUUCCAGAAACUAGCCCCCUCCCCGCCCUGCUAGGAAUAGCCCUUAGUUACUUCCUCAUUUGA